UUGUUUACAUUUUGAAUGUUGGAGUGAAAAUUCCAGUUUUAGACCUAAAAUGAAUAUGUUAAUCGUUAGGAACUGUUUAUUUAUGCUUAAAAUGAAUAAUAAGAUAGACAAACCAGCUUUAAAAGAUUUUUAAUGGUAUAUUGAACCUAUGUAAACAAAAACAGGGCACGAGCCUUGUUUACAUGACGAAGAGUUGUAAGCCCUGUGUCUUGCUUAAAACUCAACGACUGGCACCCAAAUUUCAUUUGAUCAUUAGAAAUGCAUUCCUAAAGCAUUGCAGAUAAUAAAAACAGAAAAAUAAAAUUUGACCAAAAUCGUGACCAUGCCCCUUUAAGCUAAGACUACACAAUCUGCGUAUAUUUCACUUGAAACCAGCGUCAUUUUUAACGUGUUUUGACGCAAGAAAAUAGAGAGCUACAUCCUACCGAAAGUCCAAGGUCUUGUUAAAUGGUUUUAUUGUAAUUAUGAUAUAAUCAAACAACAUUUAGUUUUCUUAUAAAUAUUUUAGAUGCAUCUAAUAUUUAGCUCCAUUUUAGUUACAUCCUCUGUAUUUUACGUCCUUCUGCAAAGUUGUAAAAGAAAUGAAUAUCAAAGAAUCUACAUUUUUUCAUUGACCGAUCAGAGUCAUUUAAAAAGUCACGUGUUUUCGCAAAAUGGCGGGAUAAAGCCGGCGAAGUGUUGAUUUCCUUGAUCAGGCAUCGUAGUCCAAUUGGAAAUAUGGAGAAAAUCACAAGAUUUUUUGAAUUCUUAACAAAACCAUUUCAGUUUUGUUUUAAGUAUCUUGGUUUCCGUAAACGAGGAGAGAAAGUCCUUGCACAUGGUUUACUCUUUAGUGUGAUGGAGGCACACAACAAACGCCUGGAAAGUUUGAACAAUUUUCAGAUCUCCAACAAAAUUGAUUGGAGAAUGGAUUAUUUUGGGGGUCUUUUGAAGGAGGAGAAAGUAUCUCUCAUACCAUUGAUUGUAUACUUUGCAGAACAAAAUGAGAGAGCUCUAUGCAUCAACAUUUCUAGUCGGGGACUACCUGUCUGCCAGGAAACGGCCACGUAAAGACGUCUGCUUUAGCCAUCCAAUGCUGUGUUCAGUCUUUACUGCAUUUAUUGGGUUUUUUAAAGUGCAGUGUAAUAUGUAAAGUAAAAAGCUUAUGUUUGAAAUAUUUACGUAAGAUUCAUAAAGUAUGCAAGACUUUAUAAAAUUUGACAGAAAGGAUAUUUCUUGUAUUGUCUUUCUUAUUUUCUUAUUUGAUUUAAAUGUCAUUUUAUGCUAAAGCAACGAUCCUGAUUUUAUGAAUGCAAAUCGUCUAUGUUGAUAAUAAUACACAAAUUGCAAAAGUAAUCCAAAAACCUAAAACUUCAAAAUAGGAACCUACGUUAUGCAAAAUAGUCAAACAAAGAACAAUACGUAAUCCUUAUGUAAACUUGUUUUAAGAGCUUUCUUUUCUGUUUGAGGUCUGAUAUAUCCCAGAAAGGGGAAUGCAAUCAAUUGAGUAGGUAUCAACGGCGGUAGGGUGGGUCCAAUGUUUACACAGAAAAAUAAACUAUAGAGAAAAACCUUCUUCACAAAAACUAAUCGGCCAUAUAACUUGUAUGGAAGCAUCCUCAGGUAGUAUAAAUUCAAACUUGUUCAAACUAUGAUCCAAAAGGUAGAGUAGGGCCAUAAUGGAGAUGUAUUUUACAAAGGAAAAAAUAUAUUCUCAAAAACUCAAAUUUUCUUUCGAAUAAGAUUGAAAUCAAUGUUUUUAAUCUCCAGGUUGCAUAUACACGUAUUCAUCUAUACAGGAUGAUUUUCGUUUUGUCGAAUUAUUAUUGUUUAUAGACAAUGCUGAAAAUUGGAAAUAUGUAUCAUGGAAUAGAUAGAACUUAAUUUAAGUUAUUUUUCGAUAAAUUAUCUGGUAAGACAAGAUAUACACUGAUAUGCAUAACCAUGUGUUCAAAUUUGUAAAUGAAAAAUGCUUAACGAA